CCGAUAGGAACUUGACAUGACCCACUUUAGACGACGAGUCUAAUUUUAGAUUUCCGGUAUUUCCAACUCUAACUUCACCCGAGGGAAACAAGUGGUGAAGAUGCUUGCAAGUGCGUUCAGCGACGUCUUCAGUGUUGCAGUAGACUCUCCAAACAUGGAGUCGAUACCGUCCCUUGUCAACGUUGUGCUGUCCAAGUUACCAGACGCAACUCAUGACCACAAGAGGGAGUUACUCAAUCUGUUCAGCGAUCUCAAGGACAGUGCAAUGAGAGAUCUCAAAUCCAGGUUCAAGACCUAUGCAGAGAAAUGUGCCGACUUCUUCCAACAAGGGGACUUCAAGAAAAAUGCCGACACCUUCAGGACAAGUGUUCUGUGUGUAGAACGCUUAAUGAUGCAUCAUUUUAGAGAAAGAUCCAAGUCUUUUGUUGUUGGCUCGUCGUUCACAGAUGCCAAAACAGAUAAUUCUAAGAAAAGAAGGCUCUCCCAUAAUGCACAUCAGGUUGCCUUAAAGGAAUGUGAGAGUAACAUCGUGAAGGAAUUAAACAUUGAACGCACAACCCUGAUGGACGAACUGAUCAGCGUUGAUCUAAUGACAGAAGACGACAGACAAAGCAUUCUAGCAAAACCAACUCCAAAAGCAAAAAGCAACGAUUUCUUCCGACUCAUGCAUGGAAAACUGACAUUAGAGCAGACAAAAAACAUCUUCCUUCCUGCUGUAGGAAAAGAACACCCAUGGCUCGCAAAACAUAUUUCCAUGAAAAUGCAAGAGCUGGAACACCAAGAGCAGAUAACCACGUGUGUUUGUUGUCGAAUGAGGGACAUAGUUGAAGUUAAGAGGAUUGCUGACUAUCUACGUGAAAAGGGACUGGUUUCCGUGACCCAGCACGCAGAUUUAACCAACUCUGCUUUGGCAAAUAAUACAAAAUGGACGGAAGUGCUAAAAUGCCCACAUCCUGAUAUGCAGUCAGUGGUGAUCUCAUCGCUCGAGUCCACCUACCCUGAUCUCUAUAAUGACUUCCAGUUCUUCAGCAAGAAUGACUUUGCUUGCUUCUGUGAAGACAUAGCCGAACAAACAAACAUCAACGGCACUGCCAGUGAUGUUGAUAACCUGUGUGUCGACGUGGCACGCAUGUCCGAUUUUAUGUCAAUUUCCACACCUGUGCAAAAGACACCAGCAACUUACAAGAAUCGAGCCGGAAAUAGGAACUUGUGUGUGAUAAUAUGCAACAACAACUACAAACAUCUGACAGGAACCACCAAUGCAGAACUCACACUCAUGCAUGACACAGAUAUUGCAAAUAUUAAAGACGGUUUUGAAAAAUACAAUUUUCAGUUUGAAACUCACAAAAACGUGACAGCGGCUCAAGUCGUGUCCCUCUGCCAGAGACUGUCAUCCAGCGAUCAGCUGAAACAAGUGAACAUUAUUGCAAUCUUUGUACUCUCAGUGUUCCAGUCAGAGCGUUUGGUCGGAGUAGAUGGUGCAAGUAUUCCUUUAGAAAACAUCACGGCUUAUUUUACGGCUACUCGCUGUCCACAUAUGGCUGGCAAGCCGAAAGUCUUUUUCAUCCAGACUUCCAGAGGCACAGAGCAUGGUAAGUGCAUGGCCGUUCGCCAUGAUGUCGGUGACCCUCUCAGUCCGUGGUCAGUGAUACCGGACAAUGCUGACUUCUUCGUUGGAUACCCGGCGUCCUCGGGACUCACCUCGUACGGGAUACCAGGGAAGGGGUCUUUGUAUAUCACAAGUCUGAUGAAGGUUCUUGACAAACAUGGCUCCAAACACGACUUUCUAACCUGUAUGCAGAUGGUCAACGACGCGAUGUCACAAAUGACCUUGGAAUUCGACGACACGAUAACACAGCAAAUUGCUUGCCCAGUGUUUUCACUUAGGAAACGAAUGUACCUAUGUGGAGAUGACACACUGUCUGAGGCAUCACACGAGGGCUACACUUCUGCAGGCUAGACGACAACCACCAGUGAGGCCUUCCACUGUCAAGGGACCUUCAAUACAGUGGACUCCCUCUAAACCGAUAUCGCUUGGGACCGGUGAAAAGUUAGGAGACAAACGUUCUGUGUUGGGAAAUUAGAUGAAUGUUAGUCUCUAAAUUUCAUUUGGAA